GGGGAAAAUCUCCUGCCCAGGAUCUGGGGGGAGGUAGGAGAGACCCCAGCAGCAAGCAUGGCAGGCCUUGACUGUCCUUGGGGUCCCACAGCCGGCCUGGGGUGGGGCCCGGGCUCGUGGGUCACUGAGGCAUCUCAGGUCUCCCUGGGUCUCUCUUGCUGCACUCACCUACCCUCUCCGCCCCCAGCACACUCACUAGGGGCAGCAUAGAGUCAGCUCCCGGGGCGGAGGGGGGGGGGGGGGCGCUAACAGGGACCACUGCCACACCUGCCCUCCUUCCUCCCUCCCUGCCCACAGGCUUCCCAUGGGGCAACUAGCAUACGGCCAGAAGGGUACUAUCUUGGGCCUUGUUAGGUGUGUGACCCUGGGUAAAUCUACCUCUCUGAGCCUCCAUUUCCUGCUUUGUAAAAAUGAGACUCGUUAGAUCAUGGGGCUGUCGUUAGAAGAAAAUGAGAAUCAGGCCUGCUGCUUUGGUAAUCAGGAGUGCGCAGUUCUGCCCCGGGUGGGUGCCCAUGGGCCUCUCCAGCUGCUGGGCGCUGUGCUGUUCCGGCAAGGCCUUCUGCUCCUGUGUGGCCUCUUCCCGUGCCCUUUGCUGUGUCCACCCAGUGAUGUCCUCAUUCCUCACUCCCACUCCGUGCAACGUGUAUUCCUGCACCGUGAGUUGCUUCCCUUGGGUGCUUGGCUUCCCCAGCAGCCAUCCAGCUCCCCUUGAAGGAGAGCCAGGCCCCUCCCAGAUGGCAUAGUAGAACUGGUCAGGCUGUUGAGACCAGAGAACGAGGCCCAGAGAGGGGCAGGGACUGCCCCAUGCUCAGCCUGUUUAUGGCUGAGUUGGAGUUAGAGCCAGAUCUGAUUGUACCACCCAUCAGAGCCCCUGAAUUCCCAUCUCACCUGCUUGGGGGUGUUGGUGAUAGGGGCGGCCACCCGCAUCUGCUCUUUACGACCUGACUGGCCUGACUUGGGAAACCACUUCUCUGACCACUGGCCACGAGAAAGGAAAACCUCUGGCAAAGGUUCAUGCCCAGGGUCCCAGGUAUGGAAUUAACCAAGUAAUUUCCUGCCAGUGUCGUGGUGGCAGUUGGGGACCAGGGCUCUGGGUGCAGACACCUGAGGCUGUGGUUGCACUGUCCCUUCCUGUCAAGGGGCAUGGCCAGGGGCUAUGCCCUUGAUCCCAGGCAGAGGAGAGGAGUGGGGGUAGGACCUGAUGGCCUGGUACAGAGCCCAGAAUGGGCCUCGAUUCCUGCCAUUUCCUGCUCUGUUUACAGACAGGCUGCUGUCUUCCCUGGGCAAGAGGAAAGGGGUGGGACAGAGGGCAAGUGCCAAGGUGGCACGAGGCUGGGCACGUGCCUGGUCUCAGACAGUGUCAAAGGAGUGUCAGACACCUGGAGGUGUCACUCUGAGGACUCCUGCCCUCCUCUGGAGCAUCUUGAUCUCUUUGGAAGCUGACUGCUGACCCGGCGGGGGCAGCUGGAAUCCAGGUACCCCAGCCCCCACCCUGGGCGCAGAGUCCCCCAUCAGUGAGCCUUGGCUCUGCUUAUAGCAUCUGACGCCAGAGGGGCUGAAAAUAGCCCCUGGAGGAGGUGGAGGAGGGGGCUAUUUAAAGGGCCUGGGAGGAGCAGAGCUGAGAGGGAGUGAGCACUGAUCAUGGCGACCGCAGAGCUGAGCUGCCAGGUGUCCGAGGAGGACUGUGAGCGGCGAGAAGCCUUCUGGGCUGAAUGGAAGGAUCUGACGCUGUCCACACGGCCUGAGGAGGGUUGCUCUCUGCACGAGGAGGACACCCAGCGGCAUGAGACCUACCACCGGCAGGGACAGUGCCAGGCGCUGGUGCAGCGUUCCCCCUGGUUGGUGAUGCGUAUGGGCAUCCUCGGCCGCGGGCUGCAGGAGUACCAGCUGCCCUACCAGCGGGUGCUGCCACUGCCCAUCUUCACCCCCGCCAAGAUGGGUGCCGCCAAGGAGGAGCGCGAGGACACCCCCCUCCAGCUGCGGGAGCUGCUGGCAUUGGAGACAGCCUUGGGGGGCCAGUGUAUGGAGCGCCAGGACGUGGCCGAGAUCACCAAGCAGCUGCCCCCUGUGGUGCCUGUCAGCAAGCCCGGUGCCCUUCGUCGCUCCCUGUCCCGCUCCAUGUCCCAGGAAGCACAGAGAGGCUGAGAGGGACGGUGACUCGGGCUCCACUGUGCCCACUGUGGGCUGGGCCCUUCCUGGCUAGGACCAUGGAGGGCAGCUGCUGGCCAUGGAUGCUUUGUAGUUUGCCCAGAGUUGGGGGCUAGGGGAGGAGGGAGCCAGAGGCCAGGAUGCCUGGGUCCCCUGAGUUCCCAAAGGGAGGGGGGCAAAGACAGUGGACACUAAGGGUAGAGAGCUGGGGGCCAGCACAGCCGAGUACCCCCAGCCCCAGGAGAAGGGACAAAAGAUGCUGGUGAGGACAAGAGGUCCCUGAGAGGAAUGACCCUGGUCCAGGCUUCAGCUUCAGAGAAAGAUGAGGAAAAGUGUUAAGGGGAUCUGGAAUGCUCUGAGAAGAGGCUUGGAGAAGACUGGCGUGAGGGGGACGUGAAGAAGGCAGAGGCAGAGUGGGGCCCCCAGCAUCCUCUGUUAGUGCUGCAAUAAAUGCUCAAUUGUGUUCCAGA